CCAUCCUACUUCCUCCUCCGCCACGCUCAACCUCACCACUCCCACGACACUACGCCCUUUGCGAAACUACACAUAUAGCCCCUCAUCCCCACUCACAAACACACAAACACACACACAUCCACACACCACUGACAAACUCCCACCAUGCGUUCCAAGUUCAAGGAUGAGCACCCGUUUGAGAAGCGCAAGGCCGAAGCCGAGCGCAUUCGCCAGAAGUACAACGACCGCAUUCCCGUUAUCUGCGAGAAGGUCGAGAAGUCUGACAUUGCAACCAUCGAUAAGAAGAAGUACCUAGUACCCGCCGACUUGACCGUAGGCCAGUUCGUCUACGUGAUCCGCAAGCGCAUCAAGCUAUCCCCUGAAAAGGCCAUCUUCAUCUUCGUCGAUGAGGUCCUGCCACCCACUGCCGCUCUGAUGAGCUCGAUAUAUGAGGAGCACAAGGAUGAGGACGGUUUCCUGUACAUUACGUACUCGGGCGAGAACACGUUUGGCGAGGCUCUGUAAGGGGCUCGCUCCAUCCUCAUAUUCCCCUUAUCUAUCGGCUGUCGAGGCUACGGCGAACUCGGGCGUUUUCGGAUCAUGGGUUUCUUGAUAUUCACGCAACAGUAUACCGUUAGGAUGAUUGAUUGAUUUGAUGGCAGACAGCUGGUGCAACGGCAACACUCGCAGCACCCUGGGCCAGUCAACCUUCACCAGAGCCUGCGAGGACCGAUACAGCUAAGCCGAGGCGGAAAGGCACGAUGACAAGUCGUAUCUGUACAAGCAAGAUUCGCCGUUUCGGAGAGAGGUGUUUGGGCAGGUUUGGCUUCUUUUCAUGAGAUGCCUGUAUAAUUCGAUGAUUCAGCUUUAGUCCAAAUGCACCAGACCUGAUCUGUCACGACUUGAUGCACCU